AUGGUGAUCUUGCGGCGGAUGCGCACGCUUCUCUUUCCACCCUUCCUGGCACUCUUGGCGAUCAUCUUCUGGAGCGCCUCUCUUCAGAUCCCGAGCGCCUCUGUUCUCGAUUUGGAGUGUCUCGUGUGUCAUGGCGUCAAUGUCGUCAAAAAUCCAUUGUGGCAAUUGCGCGCGCUCAGCUUCGACAGGGAUCCGCCCAAGCAGCGAUCCGAGAGCGAGAUCGUGGUAGCCAGCGACAGCGUAACAGGGCUGCCAAGUCUAGAUGAUCAAGAUCGCGUCUUUCAGCUGGAAAUUCCUUCUGCUUCUACGACGGCAUCAGCUGAUUUGGAAGGCGGCGAAGAUGAGAUUGACAAACAAAAGGAGAUUGGCGAAUUCUUCCAGGAGCUCCAAAGGAAUUCAUCGUCCACUAUAGCCGAUCGUAACAGCACUCUUGAAGAUUCCAGCCAAGCAGGGGAGAGGCCGCUACAACCGCCCAACGAUCCAUCAAUAGCUCGAAACGCUUCCAUUAAUCCCCCUUCUAUAAGUUCCUUGACAGCUGAUGAUCAAGAGGGGAAGCGUGCGAUCGAAGAGGUGGAGCGACUUAUGCAAUUCUUGCGAAGAUCAGGAUCAGGCCAGGUAAAGAAGUCUCCACAGGAUUGCCAGGGAAGAAACGUCUAUGUCUACGAUCUUCCACCCAAAUUCAACACGGAUCUCCUCAAGCAAUGUGAAACUCUGCUGCCAUGGAUGAGCAUGUGUGAUUUCGUCCGCAAUUCGGGAAUGGGUCUUCCAGUUUCGAUCGACGCCGCUCGCGAUUUCCUCACUCCUCGCGGAUCUUGGUUCAAGACACACCAGUACGCGCUGGAGAUGAUCUUCCACGCCCGGAUCCUCGACUACUCCUGCCGGGUGCUCGAUCCAUCCCUCGCCGACGUGUUCUACGUGCCCUACUACGCCGGCCUGGACGUGAUGCGAUGGAAUUUCGUGCCCAACGUGAGCAGCGCACAGAGCGACGUGUUGGGCGACGAGCUCAUGACAUGGCUGAUUCAGCAGCCGUCCACGUGGAAAACGGGCGACCGACGUGACCAUGUCAUAGCCCUGGGAAAAAUCUCCUGGGAUUUUAGGCGUAUGACAUCGGACGCAAAAUGGGGGAGUAAUCUCCUCGCGCGCGCGGACAUGGCCAACGUCACCAAGCUUCUCAUCGAGCGCCACCCCUGGCACCCCAAUGACGUGGGCGUGCCACAUCCCACCUUCUUCCACCCGGGUUCCGACGUGGACAUCACGACGUGGCAGGCUCGCGUGCUCAGGGACGACGUCCGGCCGAGCCUCGUCGCCUUCGCUGGCCAGCCCAGGCCCGGGCAGGGCGGGAGCAUCCGUGGGGAGCUGAUACGGCAGUGUACGGCUCGCUCGGACCUGUGCCGGACCUUGGACUGCGGCUCCGGGGCUUGCUUUGGUCCCGAGGCGACUCUAGGUCUGUUUUUAGUCUCGGAUUUUUGCCUCCAGCCAGUUGGCGACAGCCCGACCCGGAGAUCGGUGUUUGAUUCGCUGCUGGCCGGCUGCAUUCCGGUUUUUUUCGACCCCUUCACGGCCUACUACCAGUAUCCAUGGCAUCUUCCGUCAAAUGGUAGCGCAUAUUCUGUUAUGAUCGCGGCAGAUUCUGUUACCGACGUGGAUAUCGUGGGCGAGCUCCAGAAGAUUCCAUUCGCACGGAGGAAGGAGAUGCGGCAUUUCAUUGUCCACGAGAUUCUCCCCGGGAUCGUCUACGCGCAGCCGGGAUCCAAACUGGAGAAAUUCGAGGACGCCUUCGACGUUGCCAUGAGAAACGUGAUUGCCAGGGUCGCUUCGAGAGAGGUUUACGAUUCCAGCGAGCUCAGAUGAUCGAUCACCCAA